UCCCAGUCUGGGUUUCUGUCUUCUCUUUUGCAAAUCACUCUGGUUCCAGAGUCUGAUCACGCAGUUCAACAAGCAGGCGCUAUUUACUUUAAAAAUAAAGUUUCUCGUUCUUGGGAAACUUCCUCUGAAACUCAGAUUGCUUUAGAGGACAAGACCUGGGUCAAGCAACAUAUUAUUUCUGCCAUAUCGUCUACUAAUGCACUAAUCAGAGCGCAGCUUCUGACUGCACUUUCAAUUAUUUUGGAAUCCGAUUUCCGUUUUGGAGUUUGGCCAGAGCUUCUACCAACAGUAAAGAGCAUGUUGGCCAUGGAUCAACCACAAAAUGUCAUUUAUUCUGGCUUGCUAAUAUUUCUUGAGCUAGUCAAGGCAUUUCAAUGGGUCUCUCCAAAUGCUCGUGCCCCACUGCAUCCCGUCAUCGCCGACAUGUUUCCAAUUUUGCUCGCUACUGCAAUCAACAUCAAGCCGCAUCUGACAACAAGCAUCGAGGCAACCACAAUGGCAAAAACAAUUAUCAAGAUAUAUAAUUGUUCAAUUAGACUUGAGAUCUGCGAAGCCCAGCAAGACCUUGAGUCGCUUAUUCCGUGGGGUUCCCUUUUCGUAGACAUUAUUGAGCUGCAGCUUCCAGCUGGCGCACUUUCUAUGCCUGAAGAUAAGGACGAGCGUCAAAAACAUUCGUGGUGGAAACUCAAAAAGUGGGCGUACCAAUGCCUCAAUACUCUUUUUGGAAGAUACGGUUCUGCAAAACCAGAAAAGCGAUAUGCAGCGUUUUCAAAAAUGUUUGCCGUCAACUUUGCACCAAAGAUUCUAGAAUGUUUUCUUCGCCAAAUCCAAUUGCUGGUUCAAGGGAUGUGGAUGUCAGACCGUGCAAAACAGCAUCUUGCUGCGUUUUUGGAACACUGUGUGAAGCGAAAGGCUACAUGGUCAAUUCUCAAAGAUCAUUUGCCAAUGAUAGUUACACACUUUAUCUUCCCACUCAUGUGUUUCUCUCCUCAGGAUGAAGAACUGUGGCAAGACAAUCCUGUAGACUACAUUCAUAAAAAGGUUGAUCCUCCCAUGGAUGACUUCAAAAGUCCUGUCGUAGCUGCCGCACAACUUCUUGUCGCCAUUUGCCAGGAUCGUUUUAAGCAAGCAUUUGUAUCUGUUGUUACCAUUAUCAAUGAGAUUCUUGCCCAAUAUGAUGCUACUCCAGCAGAAUCUAGAAAUCCUUGUCACAAAUACGGUAUUUUGAAUAUGAUGGCAUGCCUUGUAGAGGAAGCUUUAAAUGAGCGGUCACCUAUUCGCGGCGGAAUGGAAACCUUUUUGAUUACCCACGUUGUUCCAGAAACCACCAGCACGUUUCCGUUCCUUCGUGCAAGAGCUUGUGAUACGCUUUUAAAAUUUUCAUCUGAAAUGGAAUAUGAAGAUCCAAAUCAUUUAGAAUAUACCUUCAAGCAUAUCCUUGCAUGCCUAAAAGAUCCAGAACUGCCUGUUCGUGUUGAGGCAUCUUUAGCCCUCUCUCCGUUUUUCCGGUACCCACAAAUCCACGAAGCCAUGAAACCACAUGCAGUAGAAAUCAUGCAAGGGCUCAUGGAGCUAACUAAUGAGAUUGAUAUGGAUACACUCACUCAUGUAAUGGAUCAGCUAGUGUUUGAAUACUCUGAACAACUGGCUCCGUUUGCAGUUCAGCUUGCUACCCAGCUUUGCAGCACAUUUAUGCGCAUUAUGAGCGAUACUAAUUUUACCAACGAAGAUGACUUUGAUUUGGAUGAGGCAGAGGACAAGACAAUGGCUGCCAUGGGUGUACUUAAAACCAUAUCUUCUUUGAUCCUAUCUGUGGAGGGAUCUCCCGUAAUCUUGGCUGAAGUCGAUAAAGUCAUUUCUCCAGCUGUUGUUUUUGUAUUGGAAAACUGCAUUCUUGAUUUAUACGAAGAGAUUUUCGAGAUUAUCGAGACGGCCACGUUUUGUUCAAAAUCCAUUUCUGAAACCCUGUGGAAGCUUUUUCCUUUGAUAUACAAGACUUUCCAAUCUGAUGCCUUUGACUAUUUUCAAGAAAUUUCACCUUCGCUGCACAACUAUGUAAUAUACGGCAAAGAAGUGCUGGUUCAAUCCAAGGAACAUCGGAAUAUGAUUUUUGACAUUGCAUGGCGUAUUUUUCAUGGUGGAUCAGGAGUAGGCGAGUCGGACCGAGUCAGAGCAUGUCAAUUACUUGAGAUUAUGAUGCUACACCUUCGUGAGCACAUGGACGAGUUUAUUCCAAAAUGUCUUGAAGUUGCAUAUGGAACACUUUCGCCUCAACCUACAAAGUCUGAUGUAAAACCAGCUUUGAAAUAUGCCAAGACUCCUGCUCUUCGUGUUCAUGCCAUUGAGAUUGUGGCGAAUGCAUUGUUUUACAAUCCCAAACUUGCAUUGGGACUACUAGAGCAAUCCGGAUGGACUUCGACGUUCUUUGAGUUGUGGUUCCAUAAUUUGGAGUACUUUACAAGAGUUCAUGAUAAACGUCUUACCAUUCUGGCCUUGUCGGCAAUUUUAAACUUUAUAUGCAAUGACACAAUGUGUCCGCCCUCUAUGCAAACCACAUGGAUCCACCUUUUCAAAGGUAUGUUGAAAGGGUUUGAAGGAUUUAGCAAGGCACUAGAAGAUCGGACGCGAGAACAGCGUGUUGCUGAUGGAGAGGAGAAGGGUGAUGAUGAUGACGAAGUGGAAGUGGAAGACGAGGGUAAUUAUCUCAAUGAUGAUGUAUCUGACGAUGAGGAUGAUCUUGAGACGCUUGCUAGAAAUGCAGCUGAAUAUCGAACGACAACACACUCUGGUGAAAAAGGAGAGGAUGACGUGGCUGAUGAUGAAUCAGACGAUAAUUGGAGCGUAGAUGGUAUGAUGAUGGAAGAUGUAUACUUUACAACGUAUCUAGACGAAGUGAAUGUGUUUGUGCAAUUCGAGGCGUUGAUGACGAGGCUUGUGCAAACAGGACGGGCAGCAAUACUGGAUACUGAGCUGACUGCAGAACAGAAGGAGCAAGUGCGAUCAAUUCUUAGCACUGCUUCAGUAACAGGGCCCAAAAGCACAGUAGCUGAAGCAGCCGCCAGUCAAUGA